AUUGAUGCGGCUCUCAAAUUGGCGUCAUUAGGGAGGCUGGUGUCCCUGGUGGCCUCGGCUCGCGUCACGUUUUCUGUUGGCGGGCAUCGAUCGGACAGCCAGCGGCGACUGGGCACAGCAGCCCGUGCCCCGCGACCAGCCAACAAAGGCCCCCCCCGCUGUUAGUGCUGGGGCUUCUCGGGGGGUCUAUCCACCCAGCCCCUGCUCCCUGACGCCGCCGCCGCCGCCGCGUGACAACAAUUAAUCCAUGAGAAAAAUCGCAGCGAGAGUGUCGGUGUUGUUUUGAGCGGUGGCCGCCAGUCGCCUGUUUGGGAAAAGCGAGGCUCCCUCCCAGGCGUUGUGGCCGCGGGGCGUGCGUGGUGCCCACUGCCAGGGGGCCGCCUCCCCGCCCGGCAGUGUCUUGGGGGCGGGCACGGCCAGGAAGCCUCGGACACGGGCCCUGAAAUCCACGCCCGGAAUCCCUCUGGUUGGUAACAGCUGGAAUCCGAACGGGAAUCGAUUCCUUGCACGCGUGACGUCACCGGUAGCCAUGGCAACCCCGUCCGUCCCCCGCCUGCCCUCCGCCCCCCCUCCCGUGACGUUGACCGGCGGCAGCCAAUGAGGGCGCUCGGCCACGCGACGGAGGAAGGGGACCUGGAAUAUGAUUGGGCGGGGGAUUCCCAGUCUUGAAGCCUUCAUUUGGAAGUGGUGGCGGUGCCGUGGUCGCCUGGAAGAGCCCGCCAGAGACUGUUGUGCUGGAAUGUGCUGCGAGGACGCCCACCUGCACUAGUGGAGCCCCAGCACCCGCACAAGACCCCGCUCCGACUCCUUCAGCGCCGCCUUCAGCAGUCAUGCUAGCCGCUACGAGGGCGUGAAGGAGAUACACGACUGUAGGUGCUCUUUGGUGACUGCGGCAGCCAUCUUGAGUGGUGACGGAGGGCUGUGUGAUGGCCGGGCGUGAGUGAGACCCCGGGCCAGCCAGCAUAGACGGCAGUGUUAUUGUUGUUGUUGUUACCGUUGUUGUUGUUACUGUGGUGUUGUUGUUGGUGGGCGCGGCGGUGCAAAAGCCGGCAAGGUGGAGACUCCGGGUAUCAUCUCGUCCCUGUCGAAAGUGUUCACCAUGGGGACGGUGCUGUCCUUCAGCCCCAGGGAGCAGAAGCCCUACUACGGCGACUACACCCUCAACAACCACAGCUACGAGGCCAUCAACAACGUGCGCAACAAGGAGAAGGCGGCCGUCAACAAUGAGAACGCCAACAUCCUCAACGAGAGGAACGCCCUGGAGCGGAACUUCAAGAAGCACUCUCUGUUCAUUAACGCGCUCAGCUGGAAGCGCUUCUCCAACACCAACAAGAAGAAGCUGGACAACAAGAACAAGAACCUCGCGCUGCGCCAGCCGCUGGACAACAUCCACCCCUUCAUAGACAACAACAAGAACAUCCAGAAGGCGCUGUCCUGCUACAACAUCAGGCCCAGCUCCAUGGGACACCUCGACCUCGUGCGUGUCAACAACAACAAUCAACACACGCCCACAGAGAAGCUGCCCCCUAAGGCCACCCUCACCUCCGCCCCUUCCACCCACACCCACGACCUCCGCUCCGCCCUGGUGCCCGCCCCGCUGCCCGCACCGCAGCCCCCGCACCACCACCACCACCACCACCACCACAAGACCCAGCAGACCCUCGGCCCCGUGCUGGCGCCUUCGCUCUCCACCGGCAGCAACUCCUCCGGGUGCGGGUCGUCGGCCACCACCCCCACAGGCGUCAGUCCCACGAAAAAGACAGUAAUCCAGGCGUCCACCUCGGAGCUGCUCAAGUGUCUGGGGCUGUACCUGCACCGCACCUGCUCCCGACUCAGGGAUUUCCAGGCCGGGGACGCCGUCAUGUGGCUACGCACCGUGGAUCGCUCCCUGCUGCUUCAAGGAUGGCAGGACAUCGCGUUCAUCAAUCCCGCCAACGUGGUGUUCGUGUACAUGCUGGUGCGGGAGCUGGUCGGCGAGGAGGAGGUGCACAGCGAGCAGGAGCUGCAGGCCGUGGUGCUCACCUGCCUCUACCUCUCCUACUCCUACAUGGGCAACGAGAUCUCCUACCCGCUGAAACCCUUCCUGGUGGAGGAGGACAAGGACCGCUUCUGGGACCGCUGCCUCUUCAUCAUCAACACGCUGAGCGGCUCCAUGCUGCGGAUCAACGCGGAGCCUUCCUUCUUCACCGAGGUGUUCACGGAGCUCAAGGCAUGCGGCCAGCAGCCCCCGCCGCCGCCGCCGCCGCAGCAGCACCAGCACCAGCACCAGCACCAGCAGCAGCAGCCUCAGCAGCCUCAGCAGCCACACCACCACCAACAGCAGCAACAACAGCAGCAGCAGUCACAGAAGCAGCAGCAGCAGCAGCAGCAGCAGCAGCAGCAGCAGGUCCUCGUGCCGCAGCAAGUGGUGGUGCAGCAACAGGUGUCCCUGCCGGUGCCGCAGCAGCCCCAGCAGACGGCGGCCUGAGCGGGGCGUGGGAGGCCAUCGCACACCAGUACUCAGUAGACAGACUGCUUGUUGUUGUUGUUGUUGUUGGGGCGAGGACCGGGACCUCCGGGGGCCGGGAGUGGGCCGGGCAGGCGGGAGACCCAGGGCCGCCCUCCGCGUCUUCCAGGGACACCCGCGCCCUGCCCCGCCCCUGGAGCCGCCGCACCCCGUCGACGGAGAGUUGUUACUGUUGGUGACGCGGGACCGAGGCCGCUGCGGGACUGCUGUUACGUUGUCACUAUGAUUGUGAUCUUCAUUGUCCGUGUUAGGCCGGUCAUUUAUCUUUAUCAUUAUCAUGUUCAUAGGUUUCAUAUUUCACCAUUAUCAUCGGCAACGGUUGUGUUAAUGUUUUGUUCGCGGCCCAGCGGCCCAGCGGCCCACGUUGCCGCCGCGGCCAGCUGCAGGCGCCGCCACAAGCCACACGCCCGCCGUGCACCGCCGCCCCGCGCACCGCCGCCCCCACUCCCGUGGCGGCCGGCAGGGUGGCGCGUGCGGCGGUCACGCCCCGGGGACUGGGCCUUCUCCGGCAGGUGAGGGCGGGGAGUGCCUCCUUCCCCAGGUCGCGGCCCGAGUGGCGCCAUACGAGGUGUUCCCGUCAGCAGCGUCGCCCCACGCCGCGGGACAGGACGGGACACCGCGGCGCAUUGCAGUCCUUCACGCCAGGCCGCGGCAGAGCGCUGUGCUGUGGCUGAGGUACUGAGGACCAGUAAUCAAACCUUGACGAGGCUCGGCGCGCCAAGUGUCGGCCAAACAACACAAUUAUUUUGAUAGGUUGUACUUUUACACUUCUCCGUAACCCUAAGGCUGCCCAGAGCUUGGGCGCGGGGCACCGGGUGCAUCGCGCCCUCAAAUAUAAAUAAAUAAAUAAUAAUAUAUAUAUAUAUAUAUAUAUAUAUAUAUAUAUAUAUAUAUAUAUAUAUAUAUAUAUAUAUAUAUAUAUAUAUAUAUAUAUAUGAAUAAAUGAAUAUAUCCCCAGAUACGGUUGUGCUUUUGAUACUAAUGGUGGGAGCGAGGUGGCGGCGGCGCCCACACUCCCCUGCCGCCCUGCAGGAAACCAAAGACUGUCGCUUAGUGAUACAGGGGCGGCGGGGCGUGUCUGGCUCCCAGCGCCACUGGAGAGCGACAGGCCGCGGCAGGGCGUCGCUGCCGCCCCGCUCCACGGGGCACCGCAGAAGCCAGGCGGGCAGUGUGCGGCAGGCAGCUGUAAGGCGGGGCGUGGAGACAGGCGGCCGUACAUCCCGCUCGUCUCAGGGGCGGCGCCGCCCACUACACUGAGGAGAUCGUGACAACCAUACGCCCCCACGCCGCCCGAGCCGUGCCCGCGCCCUGAGGGUCCGCGCCGCUACCUGAGAUUAUACCCACCCCCCGGCACAGUGUCGGUGGUGGUGGUGGUGGUGGUGGUGGCGUGCGGGCGGUUGGGGCGCCCCCAGUGUGCCUCCCCAACACAGCACCACACCUGCAGCCGCGCCGUCUCGCCCCUCCCCGCCGUGCCCGCUACCCACAUGCCCACCUACCCACCUCUAACAGGGCACCCCGUCACCCACCGGCCGCCAGGCGUCCCGCGCCAGCUGAUCAACAGCAGGGCGUGGCGGCGUCAGGCUGCGGGCGCGGGCGUGGGCGGGGCGGGGCGGGGCGGGGUGAGGCGGUGCCCCUACAUACCCAGCGUGACGUGACCCACACCCCUGCCCACCGCCUCCCGCCCCCCUCUGGUGUCCCGUGAGCGUUCAGUGUUGCCGCUACAGCCGGCGGGCGCGGGUCGCGUCGCUGAUCAAUACGCGGCCGUCGGUGCUGGGGCGCGGGCGCCGGCGGCCGCUGAGCAGGGCGGCCGCAACUCUCGCCCGCAGAUAACCUGCCAAGUAUGCAAACAAUCAAUGAUUGUUUCAUUAAGAGAAUACUGUAAUUAAUCUACUGUCGUAGGUCGUAUCAGUUUUCUUUGUUAGAGAAAAUGUAUUCAUACCUUUAAGAAAAUAUCUGCCAUUUACCAGGCAGGCAGCCAUUACUGUAACGAUGCCGGUGAAAUAAAUGACAGUUUGUUGACACGAGGCGUCAUUACCACCACGAUGAGCCAUGCGGCGCGGCGUGUGUGUGUGUGUGUGUGUGUGUGUGUGUGUGUGUGUGUGUGUGUGUGUGUGUGUGUGUGUGUGUGUGUGUGUGCGUGCGGUGCCCCAUGCCUGCCCUGCACCGCCAAGCGCCUCGCCGCGGAAGGAGAAGAGCGGACCGGGCGCGGGACGUCACGGGGCGCGUGGCAGGUAGUGGUGGUGGUGGUGUCGGUGUCUUGGCAGAGGGCGCCAGGCGGCCUGUACCCCGCCACCCCGCGCCGCCGCCACCCUCCUCCUCCUCCUCCUCCUCCUCCUCCUCCUCCUCCUCCUCUUCCUCCUCCUCCUCCUCCUCCUUCUCCUCCACCUCCUUUUCUCCCAGAGAUAUGUUAACGCUCUCUAGUCAUUUCUGACGAAUAUGUACAGUGUAUGUGUGUGUGUGUGUGUGUGUGUGUGUGUGUGUGUGUGUGUGUGUGUGUGUGUCCUUCACGGGCAGUGUUGCCAAUAAUAGUCACCCCCUCCCCCUUAUCGUCUCCCCUGUGCAAGCGAAACGAAAGAAAACACGAUGCCAUUUUUUCAGCUACUUAAAGAGGACGAGACGCGCCUCUAACUCUUGGUAUUUGACCUCCUCGCUCUCUCUCUCUCUCUCUCUCUCUCUCUCUCUCUCUCUCUCUCUCUCUCUCGGUAAAACAAAGGACAAUAACAAUAAUCAAUAUUUUGCGUCACUAAAACACUGCAGCAAAAUUUUCUUUCUUCUUAAUUUUUCUACUCGAAAUUUUCCUUUCACUCAUUAAAGAAAACGAAGACUACUCUCUCUCUCUCCCUCUCUUUCUCUCUCCCUCUUUCUCUCUGGUACUGUUUGUUGUGUUUGUUUGUUUGUUUGUUUGUCUCGUCUACCUAAGUUUAUAAAAAGCGCGUUUGCACCAAGUUGUUGUUAUUGUUGUUAUUGUUAUUUGUUGAUAUAAAACAUCAGAGCUUUAUUUUUUUUUUCAUAUACGAUAUUUUUUUUUUGUUUCGUUCAUUUUUCUUGCGUUUGGAAAGUUUUGUUUUAGUGAGUCUUUUCUCGUUAACCGCGUUUCGUUCGCUUGAAUUUAUCGUUUAAGAUUUGUUCUGUUAUUCGAUCUUCUCAUACGUAGAUCUGACGGGUGGUUCUCUCUCUUAUUCCCUUCCUUAUUUCUCUCUUUAUCAUCUCCUCGCUUCCUCAUUGUUCAUUCGUGUUUCUUUUUUUUCCAUCUUUAUCCCGUUUUUCUCUUAGCUUUCUCUUAAUUUCUUCUUAUUUCCAUCUACUUUCUUCUUUACCUGUUUCUUCCCUUCUCUCUUCUUUAUUUUCCUGUCUCUUUACCGCUUUUAUCGCUCCUUCAAUCCAUUCUUUCUCCUCUUUCAAUUCCUUUUUUCUUCCAUUUAUUUAUCAACUCCUUCCCACCUACUCACUUUUCUUCUCUAUCCACCUUUCAUUCUCAUCUAGUCUUCCGUCUUUUCUCUCUCGUCUCCACUCUCUCCUGUCAUUCCUUCCUUCUGUCACUCCUGCCUCUGCUCUCCACUCCCUCCUCGCACCAACAGCACGUCCCUUUAACUCUGUCUACCAGUCUUGUAUCCCAGGAGCGAGUCUUCCGGCCCGCCACUAGCCAGCGAGCCUCCCUCCCCCCACAUCCCCCGUCCCUCGCUUGUCUCUCCUCACCCUGCCAGCCACCAGAGGAAGUGAUCGUUUGCUCAUCCGAAGAGAAACAUAAUAAUGGCCAGAGUUCUUUCAGCGUAGAAAUCUCAAGGGAAUGAAGGGGCUUUGCAAGACGCUAUCACAGUUCGCGAUAUGCUUGCUACGAUGAUGAUGAUGAUGAUGAUGAUGAUAAUACUGAUGAUUAUGUACAUUUGGUGUAAAGAAUCUUAUAUUAUUAAACUGAUCUAUAU